AUGAAGUUCAUCACGUCCUUGUUCGGGACUGGCUCCCCGAAGGCGAUGGGCCGGCAGUACAUGAAGGUCGGCAGAAACGCCCUUUUCGGCGUACAGACUGAUCAGGCCGAGGACAUUUGCACCGAGAAGGUACCGAAGCCUCUUUCCUUGCUGAUCUCCAGGAAAGGAAAGCUCAGACACGGUAGAAUAACAGCGAUCUGCUUAGGUCUUCUCGCACUUGUGAUUGGUAUAGUGCUCAGUAGUAUACCUUGGGUUGAUUACAUCCUCUUAAAACAAUUGCAACUGUGGAACGGCUCGCUUUCUUUUCACUAUUGGCAGAAGCCAGGCGUAGUGCGAUUGACAAAAAUGUAUAUAUUUAACGUAAGCAACACGGAAGCAUUUCUGCAGUACAAUGAGAGACCGAAGCUUCAGGAAGUCGGACCGUUCGUUUUCCGAGAGGAUAUGGAAAAAGUUAACAUCGUAUUUCACAAUAACGGAACGGUCAGCUAUCAGCACAAGAAGAUCUUACAUUUUGUGCCCGAAAUGUCCGAAAACAAAAAUAUCAAGGUGAUAAUACCGAAUAUACCUCUGCUGACAGUUUCGGCUAUGACGAAGAACUUCCCGCGCUUCAUCGUGUUCGGAUUGUCAAUGUUCAUAAGCGGAAUGCAAAUGAAACCGUUUAUUCCGAUAACAGUCGACGAACUCGCGUUCGGCUACGAUGAUCCGUUUGUUAGCCUCGGGCAUCGAUUUUUUCCUAAAGGAAAACGGCCCAUGAGCAAAAUGGGCUUCCUGAUUGGGAGGAACGGCACGUUGAACGAAGUGCACACGAUUUACACUGGAGAAAAAGGUAUGAAGAACUUCGGCUUGCUGAAUCAAUUAAACGGGCUCGAUCAUUUGCCGUAUUGGUCUCAGGCACCCUGCAACUCCAUCAGAGCUUCGGAGGGCUCGUUCUUCCCGCCGCGAGAUGUCACCGGCUCGGACUUUGUUUACAUCUAUGAUAAAGAUUUGUGCAGGAUAUUACCGAUGCAGUAUCGCGGGCCGGUGGAAAAAUCGAGCAUCAAAGUGGAUUUGUACACGCCGAUGGACACGGUUUUCGGAGGUCUGACGCCAGAGAACAAGUGCUUUUGCCCGGACAACGUUGCCGACUGCGCAGUGCAAGGCUUACAGGACGUCAGCCCGUGUCAGUAUAACGCGCCGAUCUUCAUGUCUUUCCCGCAUUUUUACCAAGCGGAUCCCAAAUUGCUGAGCGCCGUUGACGGACUCAAACCAGUCGAGCAUUUGCACAGAUCAUACGCGAAGAUUCAACCGAAACUGGGCGUGCCGCUCGAAGCAAAAAUACGCGUUCAGGCGAAUCUGAAGGUAGAACGGCAGCCCAACAUCGCGGCGGUCGCAAAUUUCCCCGACAUCAUGUUUCCGAUUAUGUGGGCCGAGGAGGGAGUAGAAGAGCUGACACCGUCCAUUCGGAGAUGGAUUUUCUUCGGAACUUCGUUCCUCGACAUCAUUACACCCUGCUUCACGUACGGUUUUAUUUUGAUCGGUCUGACGACUAUCGUCACAGUGCUGAUCAAGACGUAUAAUAGCCCGGUGUUGGCGCACGAGACGAUCGAGCUGGGCAGGAGGACCAUUAGGAGAGGCUCGUCCUUCCUGAUUGCCGGCCAGCACCGACUGAUGGCCGGUAGGGAUUCUUACAUCCUGCUGAGCAACGACAUUGACGAGAAACAAGACGUCAUAGAGACUUGACGGAGCUGGCUAGGUAAAUGUAUGUGUUAACUUUAGCUGUCUUACUCGCAGCGCAAAUGUAAUUAAUGACGCCUAAUUUCGUUUGUGUCGACGAUUCUAUUCAUCUUGACGUUAUGACAAAUGACACAUCGAUCUGUUGCGAAGAUGUGUCUACCGUUGCUUAUUCGUCGCGAAACAACACAAAAUUGUCUCGAGAAAUCUAGAAUUGUACAGAUGAAUAGAACGUACAUGCAUACUCAAGGAUCUCAUGAACUCGAUCAACAUCAAGAGAGUCUGAAAGGUGUUUAGGAUUUAAUUCUUUCAUUAUGACUCGUUUUCUUGAUGCAGAAAAAAAAAACAAUAAAGUAUUUAUUGUAUUGGCUUCUUUCAUAUAUCAUGAGUGUUAUAUACCUUAGAAUGAUUAAUAAUUUCUUCAAAUUCAUGGGACAUAUGUGGGUCAUUGAAUGAAAGACAGAGGGUAGUAUCUACAAAAAACUUUGGUACUUGCGACACAUAGUAUUUGGGAUUUCAGAAAUUUAGACUCUGAAUAAUCUAGAAUUCGCGAGGGAUACAGAGUUUGCACGUGGAAUAUAGAAAUCGCUCGUUGAGAUCGUCCGCGACAGACUUGUACGAUCUUUUUCACACUUGCCACACGAAGGAUCACACGGGCCCUUUCACUUAAUUUAGGAUUUAUAUGACUUUACGAUUCUUCACCAAACACUCGCUCAUUAGCAUAACUUUUACAGGGUGAUAGGAUUUAAUGUAUACAUAAAUUAAGAAUAUAAACCUCGAAGAGCUCGACGAAAGAUUGCAAGAACUUACGCACGUGUGCGUGCGUAUCAUCUAGCGAGUGGUCAUUGAUCGAUUUUGUCCUAAAAUCGAUUAAGGCUAGGCGUCAUUAAUUAAUUAAUUGCGACUUUCUCUUAAAAGUAUCGGAAAAGUAUGUACCUGCGCAGUGUGUGUGUAUGUGUAUGACAAGACACGGCGUAACCUAACACGUUUUCUUCGACUGUAUACACCAAAGUCUCCCCGUUGGCGCUCAAAAAGAGUCAUUAAACUGAUUAGGACUAUGUGAAUUGAUGUUUAAUAUUUAUGUAAAAUAACUUAUACGAAAAAAAAGAAAAUCAUCCGUCAUUUCAUGUAAAUUUAAUCGAUCGUAAUCGACGAAGAGCUCCCUGUAUCGUCGCGAGAUUUAAAUUCGCCAAAGAAUUUCUGAUCUUUCGCAAUGCAUGAGAAUAGACGACAUGAUCGUUAUAAUAUUUCAUAGCUAUAUCAAAUUACGAUGUCACAAGAUAUGUAUAUGCGUGCAUGCGUGAGUUUCCUAUCAAUUAAAAAGAAAAAAAAGAAAAAAGCAAUAUGACGGUUUUAAACACGGGGAUAUUGCUGGUCGCGCCAAUCAGGGGUCUGCCUAAACUUUUCUUUUUUUUUUUUUCGGUAUCACGAAGGAUUCCAGGAUAUCACAUUGAGUAUGUAAUUAUGUGUCUGUGAUUCCGUCCUUAUUUAUACAUAAUGUGGAAUUUGCGUCUAAAGGGACUCAACUCUCAACUCGUGUCCCACUCGUGCUUGGCCAUAAUCUAGUGCAAUAUUAGUGAUCUUACGUUAAGUAUACUAUAAAUACAAUAAAACAUCGUUAUCAAUGCACAACAAACAUUUUCGAUUAGGAAUGAGGUCAAUUGCUUUAACGUUAACUACGCGUAGGUAUAGAAAUAUUCAUACCAAUCGUCCGUCGAAGCGCAGGACGAACGAACACGGAGAAG